AUGGUUUAUUUAAAUGACAGGAUGCCUGGGAAAAAUGGCGCAUUCCUAAAUUAUACUGAAGCUGCAAUGCUUGCAGCAGUGAACGAUGUUCAUCUUCAUAAAACACCAAUACGAACGGCUGCAAAAAAGUUCGGUGUACCAAGAAUAACGCUUACAAAUAAAGUAAAAGGGAAGUCACCGAUGGAACGAAAAAUGGAUCCGACAUCCAUCCUUACACCAGAAGAGGAGCAUAAAAUAUGCGACUGGGUGCAAAAAAUGGCAAAAGCGGGUUUUCCUGUGACAACCGAACAGUUAAUUGUGAGUGUAGAGAAAUACUUAAAGGAACUAAAACGUCCAUGUGUCUUAUUCAAGCAUGGAAGACCAGGUAGAACAUGGGUAAAGGCAUUUAUUCGGAGAAAUCCAACGAUUUCCAUGAGGAUAUCACAAAAUUUGACAGCAUCGAGAGCCAGGGUAACAGGUGCUCACCUAUCAGAAUGGUACAAACGUGUGUAUAAGGAGUUGGAAGAUAGUGGCCAUGCUGAUAUAUUGAAUGAUGCAUCGCGCAUUUUUAAUUGCGAUGAGACAGCAUGUUUUUUAGCACCAAAAGGACCUAAAGUUCUUGCUAGGAAAGGUGAAAAAAAUGUUUACCAGCAGGUAAAUGCUGAUGACAAGGAAUGUUUAACUCUGUUGGUAACUGGAAAUGCAAACGGUUCCCUAGCCCCUACCACGGUAUUGUUCAGCUAUAAGCGGAUACCUCAAGAAAUUGCAGAUAACUUUCCUUCAGACUGGGCAUUUGAUGCAACUCUGGAUGAAUGGUCAGGUGAUUUGGCUGAUUUAUCGCUGUUUAGUUUGUGGAAAAAAAAGAAAACAAAAGAUGAACUGAAAAGACUACAACAAUUUAACCAAAUUAUUGAUUCUACAUUAGAAGGGGUUGAAUCGUUAGGAGUUUCUGUAGAAGAUGCGUCAGCAUCUAACAAUAAUAAUGGUGUUUUGGAAACCACAAUGGAAACAACAGCAACUGCGUUACCUAAUACUGUUGAUGACAACAUAAAAAAGAAAAUAAUAAGUCCAACGAAAGUUCAAAAAAUACAAUAG